CUUAUCACGCAAAUCGAAUAGAGCAUACUUGGGCUAGUCACACAUCUAAUCGUCAAGCGUGCGGACGGACACACAAAAUGUGCAAACAUUUCCUGCUUUUGUUGCUAUUGGGUGCUCUAAGCCUCAAAGCCACGCGCAUUCAUGCAGCAGCUAUCAGGAGAACCUCUCUGGUCAAUGCAACUCCGAUUGGCCAGAAGAUUUACUAUAUUGAGGAAUCACUGCGCGUGAAUUGGUUCCAUGCGGGUAAUCUCUGUCGCCAGCUGAACGGGUUUCUGGUCAACCCUGAGAGUGAGCAAGAGCUGCUCGAGCUGAGUGCCCGAUUGCACCCAGCGAAGAGCUAUUGGCUAUCGCUCUAUGAGCUGGCCACACCGGGCGUAUACGUAUCGCAGGCAACGGGCAAGGAUGCCCAGUUCCUGCGCUGGUCCGCCGGCCAGCCGGACAACACUGGCGGUGUGGAGCAUUGCGUGGAGCUCUGGCGACCAGGCAGCUCCUUUCAAAUGAAUGACGCCUCCUGCGAGACGCCGCUGCACUUUAUCUGUGAGUUGGGAUCUGAGUCGGAUUAGUUGAACGAA